CAUAUUUUUGAUUUAUUUCCAGAAGACGAAACAAUUUGCAGUACACUCGAUUCCCCAAAUCGAAGGAAGCCUAGUUUUGCAGACUCAGCCAUCGUCGGCAAUGGCUGCCUUUCUAGCUCGGAAAUCCCUUCACGCUCUUCGUGCCAGACAGCUUCAGCUCGCUGUACCAGGGAAAGCACUGCAGGGAUCCCACUUCUAUGGAAUGCGAUCCAGCUCACAUUGCUACUCAACUAAACUAGAGGAUGAGGAAAGAGAGCAAUUGGCAAAGGAGAUGUCCAAGGACUGGAGUGCUGUUUUUGAGAGAAGCAUCAACACACUAUUUCUUACUGAAAUGGUUCGAGGUCUGAUGCUGACGCUCAAGUACUUUUUUGAGCAAAAAGUUACUAUCAAUUAUCCAUUCGAGAAGGGUCCUUUGAGUCCUCGUUUUCGUGGUGAACAUGCCCUACGGCGUUAUCCUACAGGAGAAGAGCGUUGCAUUGCCUGCAAACUUUGUGAAGCUAUUUGCCCAGCACAGGCAAUUACAAUUGAGGCUGAGGAACGAGAAGAUGGUAGCCGUAGGACUACUAGGUAUGACAUUGACAUGACAAAGUGCAUCUACUGUGGGUUCUGUCAAGAGGCAUGUCCAGUAGAUGCUAUUGUAGAAGGACCAAACUUUGAAUUUUCAACAGAGACUCAUGAGGAGCUUCUUUAUGACAAAGAAAAGCUGCUCGAGAAUGGAGACCGUUGGGAGACUGAGAUUGCUGAGAACCUCAGAUCUGAAAGCCUCUAUCGUUGAUUCUCGACAGAUGGUUCUUUCCUCAGUAACCGUACCUGCACUUGACCUUUUUGAUCAUGUGGAAAAUAAUAGAUCCAUGCAUGGAUCUUUAAGUGGCAUCAUUCGAUUGUGAACCCCUUUCUUUUCUUUUUUGUGUUUGUAAGUCAUGAUUCAAAAUGCAAGGGAUGUAACCAUUCUAAACAUGUUGAGAAUACACAAAAAUGCCUUUACUCUGUUUCAUAUGA